AUUUUGAGAGCUCCUAAACACCUCCCCCUCACCCCCCAUUCGAACUGAAAGGGAUAAGAAAGAAGGGAGAGCCUCACACUCAAAAGAGAAAGAGAUAAGGGAGCUGGCCGCAGGGUUAAUCUCCAGUUCGUGGAGCUCACUGUUUGGUUCGUAUCUUGAGAAAUACUCAUCCAAAAGGGGCGUGUGAGGUGUCCACUGAAAGCUCUCAAGAAGAGGAAUCCAUAGACAUGCGGUUUGAAGGAAACGGAGCAGUUUAAGGCCUCCAAAUCGUCCGAACAAAACGCAACCUUGCAGAAUACGUUUUUGUAUUCAAAGUUAGGGGACGAAUUUGUCGGAAAACACCCGUUCUAGGGACUGUUUUCGUGUCUUCGGUUAGGAGUUGAGCAAGCACCUCGAGGAGGCUGUUUAACACUCAUUUUUAAGCAAGGAAUCAGUUCUCAAACUUCCUUGGCCGAGGCUUUGGUCAUUGGAUCAAGAAGGAAUAGUUUAAAGCUCAUUUGAGGUUGAGGCUAGAGCUUGCUUCCUGUGCUCGUUGCUCGAGAGAUCAUCUGGGGGCGAAGACUUGGUUCGUGCUUCCUCCAUUCGGAUUUUAAACAUUAAUAAACAUGCUCAUGGAUAUUUUAUUAUAGAGCCUGCGUGCUCAUGAAUAGCCAUGUGUGGCCCUUUUGUUUUAAACAAUGUUUUCCGCUGCGUUAUGAAUUACUUAUUAUGUUUGUUUAUGGAUGACUUGUGUGUGAAUGAUAUUCAUGACGCCUUGUAUAAUAUGAAUGUGUUGGACUGCGGUUGACUAUUCGUAUUGUACGGCGGGUUGUCGACGUGUCCGGGGAGGUCCGGGGCGUGACAAUUAAGUUGGUAUCAGAGCCUUAGUCCAUAAACUUCAUAAUGAAGUCUCAAAAUUCUCUCUUGAAAAGAUUUUGAAAACCAUGAGCAUAGAAGUUUUGUACUUGGAGAGCUUUUGGUACUUGGGUUGCAAGGUCUCUAAUUGUUAAGAUGGUACCCUUAGCAAUUGGUAUGGCGGUGACUCGAGCCAAAAUGUGUCUUAAGUACCUAUCCGUCAAUUGACAUUGAUACGAGUCUAACGACUCUUUCCAAAUUUCUUUCAGAAAUGGACCGUGGUGGCAGGAUUACUAGGAGAAACCUGACUGGCCGUGUACCAGUGGAGACUGGACAGGGCAGUCGAAGGACCUCUAGGGCAUCUAGAGGAGCUGGCCGAGGAGGCCGAUCACAGACCGUGAGCGACGGUCAUGUGAGUACCGAGAACGAGAGCUACUGGUCCUAUGAGGACUCGACCUAUCGACCGGAAACAGAACCGGUUGAAACCCCUUAUGAAGGGGAUGAUGAUGAUGAUGAUGUAAGUGAUGAGGAGGAAAACGGCUCCUUAGCACGGAUUGAGGCACUACUCCAACAAUAUCACCGUGAGCGUGAAGAGAGGAGGGAACGUCGAAGGCGCCGAGCCGGGCAACCUUCGGGCGGGGCUUCAAGGGAGAGGAGUCAUGGCGACUCUAGGGCCCAUAUCGAACCACAUGAGGGCCGAGGUGAUGGAGGCCCGAUCGUAAGGAUCUCCAAAUACCUCAAAGAGGCACGAGACUUGGGGUGCAAACCCUUCAACGGAGCGGGUGACAUCUCGGUCGCCGCGGAAUGGAUCAAGAGGUUGAACGAAGCAGCCCUUGAUAUGCAACUCACCCCCGAGUUUAAGCUAAGGGUGGCGGUGAGGUUGCUUGAAGGGAUGGCAUCCACAUGGUGGGACGGAGCCAAGGGAAAGUAUGGCAACACGGUGACUUGGGAGAAUUUCCGACAGGAAUUCUUUGCCCAAUAUUAUUCUGAUUUUGAGGUGAACGCCAAGAGAAGAGAGUAUACCCUCCUGACCCAAGGGGGCAAAAUGACGGUGAGGCAACUUGAACACAAAUUCAGGGAGCUCGCGGAGUUCAUACCGGAGUAUGUCUGUGACGAGAACCGGAUGGUAAAUCACUUCUGGGAUGCCUUGGACUUAGAGGUGCGUGAGAGGGCAACACAGUUGCCUAACAUGACCUUUAGCCAAGUGGUCGAGCAAGGGUUGAAAGGGGAGAAACAAUGGGAGGAGAGGAAGAGGAGAGAUGCCGAAGAGGCGAAAAAGAGAAAGGGGGAGAGUCAUGGCCCUCAAGGUUCCAAUAAAAAGGGAAACCAUGGAGGAGGAUCUUUCCGAACACCACCGCCCCCACCUAGGGGGAACCAAGGCCCGAAUGGACAAGGAUCACGGACCUCGGGGGUAGCUCGGUGCAAUAAUUGCAAAAGGAGCCACUUUGGUAAGUGUCGUGACCCUCCUAGAUGCUUCCAAUGUGGGGAUGCCGGGCAUUUGAAGAUGAAUUGCCCACAAUUGGGUGGGGCAAGGUCAUCGGGACCAAGUAGCGGGGCUACGGGAAGUAGAAACCAAGCCGGGGGUCCCCAAGUAACCAGGGGGCAAGGGGGAGCAAGCGCGAGUAACGCGCCGUCCGUGAAUCAAGGAAGGACGCAAGCUAGAGUCUACGCAAUGACCGAGGCUGAUGCUCGGGCUAAUCCCGACUCCGUCGCAGGUAAUACACUUGUUCGGGUCAUUUCUAGGCUUAUUUUGAUCAUAUACGUCGUUGGGAUUAAGUACGGGCCACCCCGGGGUCAAACUGGGUGAGUUAGGCCGAAUCGGGCUGGAAACAGCCACUGCUGGCCAGGCACGCCCGAAGGCACGCCGUGCCUGGAAUCGUGCCUGGAAGGCAGUGGCACCCGAAGAGAAGAAAAAAAAAAAAAAAAAAAAAUUGGGCCAGGCACGGCCUCAGGCACGCCGUGCCUGGCGUCGUGCCUGGGAGGCAGUAGCGCCCAGGGCUUUUUCCCAAGCCAGGCACGACCGUGCCUACCCCAGGCACGCCGUGCCUGGCACCCAGAAUGCCGAAACCCGAUUUUUUCGCACCGUUUUGCGACAUUAAGACUUUUUCUUGAUCCCUAACACAUGUGUGAACAUAAUAAACCUCUCUAAAUGUGUAAGAAUGGUAGGAAAGGUAUCUUACAUGACUUAUAAAUGUAGGAACACUAAAGAUUAAUGGGAAGGAUGCGCGAAUCCUUAUCGAUACCGGGGCGCAACGUUCAUUUGUGAAUGAAGCGUUCGCCAAGAGGUUGGGAGUGCAAUCCGCACCAUUGAUGCAAACCUUAGUGGUGUCAACACCACUAGGGGAUGACGUGGAAAGAACUUGCCACUAUCCAUCGUGUGAGGUGGAAGUGGAGGGCCAAAACUUGUCGUGUGAUUUCGUGCCGCUGAGCAUGAUUGAGUUCGAUGCAAUCCUGGGUAUGGAUUGGUUUGAGAAGCAUCAUGCUAGGGUCGAUUGUUACACGAAAGUACUUGAACUCGAAGUCAAUGAAGGGGUAACCUUACGCUUCGAGGGGGAUAGGGCAAAAUCCAAUAGUUGCGUCAUAUCCGCUGUGAGGGCUAAGAACAUGAUGAGGAAGGGGUGUCAUGCAUAUCUAGCAUAUGUAGUGGACAAAACCAAAGAAGAGACGAGUAUUGAUGAUGUGAGGGUAGUAUGCGAGUAUCCGGACGUCUUUCCUAAAGACUUACCGGGACUUCCACCCGAUAGGGAGAUUGAGUUCGUGAUUGAGGUCGAGCCCGGCACCAAACCAAUCUCCAUACCGCCAUACCGUAUGGCACCCGCUGAACUUAACGAGUUAAAAACCCAAUUGCAAGAGCUUUUGGAUAACGGUUUCAUCAGACCAAGCCACUCCCCAUGGGGAGCACCGGUCCUUUUUGUGAAAAAGAAGGAUGGAACACUUCGAAUGUGCAUUGACUGUCGUCAACUGAACAAGGUCACAAUCAAGAAUAGGUAUCCCUUGCCUAGGAUUGAUGACUUGUUUGAUCAACUACAAGGAGCAACCGUGUUUUCAAAGAUUGACUUGAGGUCGGGGUACCAUCAAUUGAAGAUUAAGGAGGAUGACAUACCGAAGAGUGCUUUCCGCACGAGAUAUGGGCAUUUUGAGUUCCUUGUUAUGUCGUUUGGGUUAACAAACGCCCCGGCGGCAUUCAUGGACUUAAUGAACCGAGUAUUUCACAAAUACUUGGACCGAUUCGUGAUUGUGUUCAUUGAUGACAUCUUGAUCUACUCAAAGAGUGAGGAAGAGCAUGAGGAGCACUUGAUACUUGUUCUUGAGACACUACGGGAGAAGCAACUCUAUGCCAAAUUUUCUAAAUGUGAAUUUUGGCUUAAGGAGAUUGGCUUUCUCGGGCACGUGGUUUCAGGAUCGGGAAUUGCAGUUGAUAACAAGAAGAUAGAAGCCAUUACCGAAUGGGAGAGGCCAAAGAACGUCAAGGAAAUUCGUAGUUUCCUUGGAUUGGCAGGCUACUACAGAAAGUUUGUGGAGAAGUCCUCUGUUCUGGCAUCAUCAUUGACGAAGCUCACUCGUAAAGGAGCUAAGUUCGUGUGGGAGGACAAAUGUGAGAAGGGGUUCUUAGAAAUGAAGAAGAGGUUAACCGAGGCACCGGUACUUGCACUACCCAAACAGGGUAUGGGGCACGAUGUCUAUAGUGAUGCGAGCAUCCAAGGGGUUGGAUGUGUGUUGAUGCAGAUGGGAGGGGUAAUUGCCUAUGCUUCACGACAGUUGAAGAGGCAUGAGGUAAACUACCCUACUCAUGAUUUAGAGCUGGGAGCAGUGGUGUUUGCAUUGAAGAUAUGGGGACACUAUCUCUACGGGGAGACGUGUCACAUAUACACUGAUAAUAAGAGCUUGAAGUGUGUAUUUACUCAUAAAGAGUUAAACAUGAGACAGAGACGGUGGAUGGAGUUGAUAAAGGACUACCAUCAAGUUAUUAAGUACCAUCCAGGUAAGGAAAACGUUGUAGCAAAUGCCCUCAGUCAGAAGAGUUCGUCUGGGGCAUUGCUGACUAGUUUGAGGGCAUUGAGAGCCCAAUUGGAUGUACAUCCGCCUGUAGAGGAACGUGAGGAUGUGAACUACGUUGUGCAACCGAUUAAGGUCAUUGAUAGAAAGGUGAAGAAACUGCGGAGUAAAGAAGUCCCAAUGGUUAAAGUCCUUUGGAAGAGCGAUCGUGUCAAAGAAGGGACAUGGGAAAUAGAGGCUUUGAUGAGGGAGUAGUAUGCUUCCCUAUUUGAGUAGAGUUGCGAAUUUCGGGGACGAAAUUCCUGUUAAGGGGGGUGAACUUGUGACACCGCACCCGAACGUCCUUGAAAACUCAAUAUAAAAAAAAAAAAAAAAAAAUAAUUUCUAUGUAUUGAAUUUUCGAUUUCCAAACAAUUGUAAAACAAUUAAUGUUUUACGUAGCGCAUGAUUGAUUUUUGUAUUGUUCAAACUCGUAUGUUAGUGUCGGGUUUGCAAAUACUUAUUUGGGCCUUAUUAAUGAACAUAAGAGCCCAACAUUAUCUAAAUAAUGUUACAUAAUCUUUCAAAACAAUUUGAGGAAGGUCGGGCGGCCCAAACAUUUUUUUGGGCCCAACCUGCUAAAAAUAGCAAGUAUUCAAGAAUGGCAUCGUAGGCCCACUCGGGAGUGACCCACACGGCUAGUAGUCCAAUAUAUGAAUGACAAUGUCAAAAUAAGUGAUAGUAUGAUUAGAGAAGAAUACAAAUGCCUAUGGUCCCAUCUUCGACAUUUUUGAGCUAAAUAAUGGGAGUAUGAUUUUCCUUCUAUAAUAUUCAACAUGUAAGUUAUUGGGAUGAUCCUACACAUGUUGGGAAUCAAUAAUAUGAUUUAUGAAGUUGACUUGGCCUACAUAAAUUAUAAGGAGUACAAAAAGACAUCUCAUGACAAGGAUAAAACAAUAGGGUCCAUCUUUUCAUUUUGGAAGUAUUGGUAGGUAUUUUGGACCCCAAAUUGAAUGGGGUCAUUUGGGAACCAUCCCACAUGACCUUGGUACCUGCAAGACAAAGAAAAAUGGGUGAGACAACUAUGUGGGGCGGACAUUUGACUUGAGAGCUACAACAUUACAAAAAAGAAAUAAAAGAGGAGGUCCACACCAUGUUUAAUUGCAAUCAAACACCCUACCCUUUCUUUUUGUGAACCACAUGCUUAGAUAUCAUUUUGAGAGCUCCUAAACACCUCCCCCUCACCCCCCAUUCGAACUGAAAGGGAUAAGAAAGAAGGGAGAGCCUCACACUCAAAAGAGAAAGAGAUAAGGGAGCUGGCCGCAGGGUUAAUCUCCAGUUCGUGGAGCUCACUGUUUGGUUCGUAUCUUGAGAAAUACUCAUCCAAAAGGGGCGUGUGAGGUGUCCACUGAAAGCUCUCAAGAAGAGGAAUCCAUAGACAUGCGGUUUGAAGGAAACGGAGCAGUUUAAGGCCUCCAAAUCGUCCGAACAAAACGCAACCUUGCAGAAUACGUUUUUGUAUUCAAAGUUAGGGGACGAAUUUGUCGGAAAACACCCGUUCUAGGGACUGUUUUCGUGUCUUCGGUUAGGAGUUGAGCAAGCACCUCGAGGAGGCUGUUUAACACUCAUUUUUAAGCAAGGAAUCAGUUCUCAAACUUCCUUGGCCGAGGCUUUGGUCAUUGGAUCAAGAAGGAAUAGUUUAAAGCUCAUUUGAGGUUGAGGCUAGAGCUUGCUUCCUGUGCUCGUUGCUCGAGAGAUCAUCUGGGGGCGAAGACUUGGUUCGUGCUUCCUCCAUUCGGAUUUUAAACAUUAAUAAACAUGCUCAUGGAUAUUUUAUUAUAGAGCCUGCGUGCUCAUGAAUAGCCAUGUGUGGCCCUUUUGUUUUAAACAAUGUUUUCCGCUGCGUUAUGAAUUACUUAUUAUGUUUGUUUAUGGAUGACUUGUGUGUGAAUGAUAUUCAUGACGCCUUGUAUAAUAUGAAUGUGUUGGACUGCGGUUGACUAUUCGUAUUGUACGGCGGGUUGUCGACGUGUCCGGGGAGGUCCGGGGCGUGACAUUACAAGGAAAAUCACUUGAUAAUGGAACCCUGAUAUUCUUUAAUGGGUGUCCAAGUGAAGUCUUAAUGAUUU